GGAACACCUGUUCAAGGCAGCCAGCAACCCAGCAUUGGACUUGCAGAUCUUUCUGCUGAUGAAGGCGAGCGCCUGAAGCCUCAGACACUCUCCUGGUCUUCCUCAAGUCUUUGGAUAAUAAAAAGAAGCAGAAUCGCCGGCGGCGACUGAUGGCUCCGUUAGGUGAAGUUGGGAACUAUCUUGGUGUCCAGGAUGCAAUACCUUUUGGGAAUGUGCCCGUUUUGCCGGUGGAUAACCCGGUUCUCCUGAGUGAUCAUCUCGGCCAGUCCGAGGGGGGUUUGAGCAGGGGCUCAGUCACGGACCUGGCUCACUUAAAGGGGAUCCUCAGGCGGAGACAGCUGUACUGCAGGACUGGCUUUCACUUAGAGAUUUUUCCUAAUGGAACUAUCCAGGGAACCAGACAGGAUCACAGCCGAUUUGGUAUACUGGAGUUCAUUAGUGUAGCAGUGGGCCUGGUCAGCAUUCGUGGUGUAGACAGUGGACUCUACCUCGGAAUGAAUGAGAAGGGGGAGCUGUAUGGGUCGGAGAAAUUGACUGCAGAAUGUGUUUUCCGGGAGCAGUUUGAGGAAAACUGGUAUAAUACCUACUCAUCGAAUGUAUAUAAGCAUGCGGACACUGGAAGACGGUACUUUGUCGCAUUAAACAAAGAUGGAACCCCAAGGGAAGGGACUAGGACUAAAAGGCAUCAAAAGUUCACACAUUUUUUACCUAGACCGGUGGACCCUGACAAAGUACCUGAAUUAUACAAGGAUGUAUUAAACCAAAGUUGAUGAAGACAAUCCUUAAGCUUGGACCACUGAAAAGCAACCACUAUAAUGGGUUCAUGUGGUGGGUUCUAAACGAUUAGCUGUGUCAUCACAUCAGCUCUACUGUUGCCAAACUUUGUCGCAUGCAUUGUGUAUGGAGGCUUGGAUGGGACACGCUGAUUUUGUUCUGCACUUACAGUUUGUCCUCCCAGAGGUGAGCCUGUGCCCACUUGCUUGGUUGAAAAAAAAAUAAAUGUGUAAUAGGGAGGAAUAUAGUGAAAUGCCGAGGAGAAAGCUGGCCUGAUGCAUGCUCCAAGAUGGGACACGCUUUAAAUUUUUUUGAUCAGUUCUAUUUUGUUGUGUAUCAGCAUAGCUGCCAUACUUUGAUUCAUCAGGAUACUGACUGGUGACAUGCUCAAGCCCACGCUGCAUUAAUAAUGGCAUGGAGGACUUUAAAAAUGAUUUAAAAAAAAGAAAAAAAGACAAUUCAUCUACAGAUCAAUGGUACUAUCCCAUAGGGCUUUAAGCAAAGACAUCUUAGUGAAAAAAAAAACAGAAAAGUUAAAUUUAUUUAUAGAAAUUCCAAAGGCAACAUUAUAUUUAUUUUAUAUAUUUAUUUAUUAUAUAGAGUUUAUUUUUAAUGAA